AUGAAUUUUGGUGUACCGGUAUUAUGGGCUGAGCCAAUUGAGCACAUAGAAGAUGAGUGUUAUGUGUGUUGUAAUUAUAAGUUCGGUCAGAAGCGAACACGAAAACAGGAAUACAGAGGUACAAAAUGGGUUCAACUACCAUUGCCACAUUCAUAUAAUAUUCCAGUACCAAAAAAACCGAAUCCGUCCAUAGCUCUAACGUAUGAAACCGAAUCAGUUGAUAACGAGGCACAACAUUCGCAAUACCAACCAUCGAAUAUCGUACCGAAUUGUGGUCAUGAAGAAUUCUCACAAGAUGAUUUUAAUAAUGUUGUGAAAGAGAUGAAACUGUCACAGAGAAAUUCAAUAUUACUUGCUUCGAAGCUAAGAGCAAAGAAGCUUUUAGGAACAGGUACCCACGUGUACGCAGCUCGUGGGCGACAGCAAUAUGACUUACUGGAUGCUGUUAAAAUUCCAUUCCAAGAUCCCAAGACUCAGUACAUAGACGAGGACGGCCAUGACGGAUUUCCAGCUUUUGGAUUUAAACUCGGUUCUGAUGUAAAAAUUGCACACCGUCAACUUUUACCGGAUAAAUUGCCUGCGGAAUUUUCAAUUUUAAUAAGCGCUAAACCAAGAUCUCGCAGAGCUGGCUUUAUUUUCGCGGUGGUUAACCCUUACGACACAGUUGUCGAGCUCGGGGUCAAGGUCACUCCCGAAGGAACUACAUCGACGAUUUUGUCUCUUUUUUACACCAACGCAACUGAAAUCAGCUCCCAAAGUAUAGCCAACUUUACGGUUAAUAGGUUUUACGGCAAAUGGACCAGGUUUGCAUUUAAAAUUUCCAUAGAAAAUGUUACUUUGUACUUCAAUUGUAACGAAACUGAGACAGUUGCCAUAAAAAAAGAACCGCUUGAACUUAUUUUUGAUUCUGCGUCUACCCUCUAUAUCGCACAAGCUGGACCUACUUUAAGUGAGCCCUACGAGCAGGCAGUGCGCAGUCGGAGCCGUCAGUCGGCGUUCAGCAGCGAGCGUUGCGAUGCCACUACACGACCCGUCGCGACGCUUCUUUGA